AGGAGGAACAAGAGAAAAAGAGAAUAACGAAAGAAAAGAUAAUAACGAAAGAAAAGGUAAUAAUGAAAGAAAAGAGAAUAACGAAGAAAAAGAAAAUAACGAAAGAAAAAGGAAAUAAUGAAAAAAAGAGAAGAAUAAAAGAAAAGAGAAAUAACGAAAGAAAAGAGAAAAUGAAAGAAAAGAGUGAGGAGCGAAAGAAAAAAAGAAUAACAAAAGAAAAGAGAACGAAAGAAAAAGGAAAGAAUGAAAGAAAAGAGAAUAACGAAAGAAAAA